AGAUAUCUUCUUUCAGUCUAGUGACAGGAUGUUUCCUUGGAUAUUCCUUUUUACUUUUAUUACGUUUAAAAAAAAAGACUUGUAAACAAAAACUUUGAUCUAAAAAAAAACCUAGAGAGAGCGAGAAAAAAAAGGAAGCCGCCGUCCUUCCAUCUUCUCCGGUCGAUGGCUCUAUGCCGUUGGUACUGUGAGAAGAUGGAAACCCCCUCUGUCUUGUUUCGAUCUUGCUUAAGUCGGGUUUUUUAGUUUAGAGGAUUCCAGAUCUGGCCAAAAGCUUUAUCUCCUUGUUCUGAAGCAGAGUCUCAGAUCGGAAUCCAUGGCUGUCGAUCUCGUCAGAUCUAUGGUUUGUGGUGGUGAGUUUAUGGUUACCGGCUGGAUUGAUUGAGAGCGUGUCAAGUAAGGUCUGGUUGGCUCUGCCGUGGUCUUGAGGUUGGAGGCGCUUUGACGGCUCGUGAUGAGCCCCUACAGAGGUCAAUGGCGAGUUGUAGUUGGAUCUGAAGGGAGUUAAUGGAGCGCAUCUGUGGUGAUGGCGCAGAGUAACCUUUUCCAUAGUCCAUUGACGUGGUCAGUUGGUUCUGGAGAGGUCGGUGGAGCAGAGGCGCUUAUGAGACACAAUCUACAACAACGGUUAUCCAUAACUUAUCGGUUCGGUUUGUUUACUCUAUGGCUGGGUUUGAGUCUUCUCUAGUUUGUUUAGGCAUGGAUCCUGUUGUCAUUAGUUAUGUCUGUUCUUUUUCUAGUUUAAGUGUGUCUAAGUCUGAUCUUGUCUCCGAGAUUGUAACUAUGCAAUCGUCGGCUUAUGGUUCGAGGGUUGUGUCUCUAAACUGUUGGCUUUGGAUUAUGGUGUUGUUUCAUUACGACAGUCUUUGUAACGUGUAUGUUUGGCUCUUUCCAGUUUGAAAUCAAUAUAACAACAGACAACAAAAAAAAAAAAAAAAAACUUGUAAAAUAAGUUUAUAAAAUAAUUCGUGAAAAUUUUGCGAACCCGUAACUCAAUAAAGUGUCGUUUCCAUUAAAAUCAACAAAGUUGAAAACACGUUUAAUAAAAAAGAGAAAGUGUAAGGGGGGGGGGGUUCGAAUAGCAAAGACGGCUUUCUAAUUUACGUUUUUCGCUUUUUUUAGUAGUUAAGCCCAACAGACAAAGUAAAUGGCCCAUUAAUAUUAGUUUUAGGCCUUUUUAAUUUUCCUCACUCGCUCAAGGUCUUAGACGACCAUAACAAAUUAGGUUUCAGUCUUCUAGGGUUUUAACUUUUUUUAAGGUUUCCGCACAACUCACACUCUCUGUUAAACUUCCAUACACAUCUCAUCAUCAUGACUACUGAAGAGAAAGAGAUCCUCGCCGCCAAAUUGGAAGAACAAAAGAUAGAUCUUGAUAAGCCUGAAGUUGAGGAUGAUGAUGACAACGAUGAGGAUGACUCCGAUGAUGAUGAUGACGCAGAGGGACAAGAUGGAGAGACAGGUGGCAAAUCAAAACAAAGCAGAAGUGAGAAGAAGAGUCGCAAAGCCAUGCUUAAACUCGGGAUGAAACCCAUUACUGGUGUCAGCCGUGUCACCGUCAAAAAGAGCAAGAACAUCAUGUUUGUCAUAUCAAAGCCUGAUGUGUUCAAGAGUCCAGCAUCAGACACAUAUGUGAUCUUUGGAGAGGCGAAGAUCGAGGACAUGAGCUCUCAAAUUCAGUCACAGGCUGCACAGCAGUUCAAGGCUCCAGAUCUCAGCAGUAUGAUCUCAAAGGGUGAAUCUUCGUCGAGUGCUGCAGUGGUUGAGGAUGAUGAUGAAGAGGUUAACGAGGAAGGUGUUGAGCCAAAGGACAUUGAGUUGGUGAUGACCCAAGCUGGAGUUCCUAGGCCAAGGGCUGUGAAGGCUCUCAAGGCUGCUGAUGGAGAUAUUGUCUCUGCUAUCAUGGAGCUUACCACCUAAACUUAAAUCUCUUCUACUUAGAGCUGUGGUUUAACAUGUCCCAGUGAGUGUAAGGAUUCAGAAAUUUUUGUUUUUCAUGUUUUCUCGAGUGAUUUUCAAUGUUGUAUUAGUAUAGACCUCAUAAGUUAUUGAAUUUCAGUUUGAUUUGAUAUCGAAUAUUAUGAAUUUUUUGCGUUCAGAGUCAUCAGUCAGUUUCUGGCA